AUGAAAGAGCUCGCCUUCUGUGUCCCGCACUCGCCAUUUGAUUACCUCAAAAAAUUUCGACAGUUUUAUGGUGGUGACGCUGAGGUUAUUCGGUUCGGGACUCCGGACCACCUGGUUUGCGUUGACCGGACGGUGCGAUGUCAGCAAUGUGUCACGCGUUACGGGGACGAUGCGCCGUGGGGAUGUGUCGUCUGCGAAGAAGCAUGGGCGUCGUGGAGUAGUUUGAAGUCGAGUCGUCGUCGACCGCAGCAAAUCGCGUUCGACAUCCGCGGUUUCCCGGUGGGCGUCGUGGGGCAGCUGGCUGGCGUGGCAUUCUGUCCGCGGAGACCGGCGAGCCCCGGCGCGUUCGUAUCCGUCUGCCGGGCUUUCGGCGAACGAAUUGAAAACGAUACAUUUGUGCCGGAAAUCUUUUUGCAACAAUUCGAAGGGCGGCUCCGCCGUGUUCAUAACGGCGCGAUGAGGGUGCUAGACGAAGCGGAUGCGGAUGCGGAAAUUCUCAAGGAAUGGAUGCUUCAGCAUCACAAAAGAGAUGGUGCCUCAAAGUGCGCGGCAGAAGGCGCCGAAUGGCCGUUUCAGUACUGCCGCGGCCACUAUUUUCGGCACAAUUUCGUCGUCGAUGUCCAUGGAAAGCGUUUCCUGGUCGCCUUCAUGCGAGAGUCCCCAUGUCUCGAUCUGCCCGAAAUGUGUUGGCCCUGCGGCCAUGGUUACUACAUCGGCUUGUAUCUCUAUAUUUUCGAAAAA